GCGGGCGGCUGCGAUCGGCCGGUGGGCGCUUGUCUGGCUGGGCAGCUCAAAGACAAGUUUGAAGAGGACGCUCGAAGGGUAGAAGAAGGGUUGACUCCUCAGUACCUGAUUUCAAGAUACGUUGGUAGUCAGGCACAGGGACAGAUUGGCCGCGGCAGCAGUGGCUCAGGCCCCCUCUCCUUCCAAUUCCCUGUCACGCAAAUCCGAAAUUCUAUCGUCACUCUCUCGGUGACGGCGGACAGCCUAAGGCUUGUGAUUCACGCCAGCCCGGGGGAAAUACUUCGGGCGAUGGUGUGCGUCUUUGCAAACGUCACGUGCGGUGGUUUUGAGGCACUGACGGACCGCGGCUACCUGGGCGUCGAAAUCAAAAACACGGGGUUCAUCGAUUCGGAUUACAAAGUCACGGGUGACGUGAGGGACACUCGAGAGGUCCAGUUCUACGUCAAUGCUACCCAAUACGCGAACAAGCCCAACAACCCCGACUUCAAGAAUGGGACAGGGCCGGGCCCGGAAUACCGCAAGCUGCG